CCCAAUUAACUAGUUCCAUAACAAUAGGACUGAGAAGUCUUAAAUACUGUUCAUAGUGAUCAGUGACCACAAACACAACAAUGGAAAUCAGUUAUGUGAUGAGGUGAAUUCUUGAGUGCCAUUUCUACCGAAUACUUUCUGUGUUCUUGGUGAUAAAUGUGACCAGAAUGUAUUCCUUGUACCGCGCCUGGCUAAUGAGAGAUGCUGUGGCCGCUGCUACCCUAGCCUCGCCACCUGAUGUCAUCAUCAACGUCGGCGGUAACAGUGGUACGUCACCGCCGAGGCCUGCUUCUACUCAUCAGUUCGCGGCACAUCGCGCCGUCUUAGCGUCUCACAGCGGCUACCUCAAGGCCCUACUUACUGCAGCAGCUUCUGGAACCUCCAACACUGUCACAAUUGCUGUCCCUAACGUCAGCCCUGAAGCUUUCGCCCCGCUCCUCACUUUCAUGUACACUGGAUAUCUAGACAUAACGCACGAGAAUAUCUAUGGUGUUCUCUUAGCAACACACUUACUUCACAUGCCGAGAGCUUUGGAUCUCUGCAGGACCUUUCUUGUUCAAAAUCAACAACCACAAACCCAAUCCUCGCUUUCCAGGCACCUCCCAACUCCCACCGCCCUCCCGACGUUGGUGAAACCUAUUCCUAGUAGGAAAAUGUUACCAGUUCUGUUAGGUCUUGGAAGCUUACAGCCACCACCACCCCCACCAGCCCCUUUCUGGCCACCUCCAACAUAUCAUACACUGCCCACGCCUCAACCACCUCAACUAAUGCUCCCAUCAGCAGACAACUCACCUUUCAGAUAUGUUCUCCCAACAUCAGCUCCUCUAGACAUAGAAAGUAGCCAUCAGAACCAUGAACCAUUGAAGUCACUGCAACCUCCACCACCUGACAUCCCUACCCGUCCCCACACACCACAGAUAACCGGAAACAACACGAGACGACGCCCAAAAUCACCACUUGCCAUCCCAUCAACAUCAACUGGUCACAAAAAUAUAUUUCUUCGUGCGGCAUCUCCAGCAACACCAUCCAGUGUAUCGCCUUGUCUUUCUGGCACUUCAUUCUCUUCAGAGGAUCACAAUGUGGUGGACAUCGCCCCCAGAGAUAAACAUAAAUCAAAAAACCAACUGAGUCAACAUCAACAACAGCUACCUCACAAGAAACAUCAACAACCUUCUAAAGCAUCAUCCUGCAAGAAGCAACAAACCAGCGACACUAGCAUCCAUGGAACUGCAAACAGCAACAACAGCAGCAGCAGUAAAGUUAUCAUUGAUGUGGCAUGCUGUGAUGGUCCUGUGCGUUUUCAUCGAGUCCUCAAUGACAAUUACGGACUUACACUUGAUGAUAUCCUUGCUGAUGGUCCUGCCAAAGAGAAAGCCUCAAGGCAUGAUACAACACACGAACCACCUUUCCAAAAUAACCAGGAAGCGGCAUGUGUUUCACACAUUCACAAACCUGCAACUUCAAGCUCCAAUUUUUCAUAUUCACAACCAGAAGUCAAAGAUGAAGACACAGAAAAUGAGCCCACAAAUCAACAAUCAAUGGCAACUGAAGUCAAUGAUGAACAUAUAAAAGGUGGAACAGAGCAAAACACAUUGACAAAACAGCCAGUAAUGAGUCACAUUUGUGAAAGCAGCGGUGCUCAGGAAGCAGAAACAAGUAACUUAUCUGAGCAUCCAGCCACUGACAGAGGUGACUCCAACAAAGAAGACAGUUCUGCACCAAACCUCAGUGAUGGAAAUACAUCCUCUUCUUCGGCCUCCAUAACAAGUGAGAAAAUCAGUGGCAGCCUAGAGACUGUGUACACUUGCUUCUACUGCAACCAUACAUUCAAAAGCCAUUACUGCUAUCAGAAACAUGCUCGCCGUCACAUCAAUCCAGUAACAAUUGACCUUUCAAGACUAGCUGAGAGACUUGGGAGUAAUAAAAGUGUAGCUGUGUGUAAAAUUCUUGGCUCUGAAAAAGAUAAAGUGAAUGGAAGUGGCAGUGUACGUCGAGAAGUGCGUCUUCUUGAUAUGAAUGUACAGUACUACCCAUGCAAAACCUGUGGCUCCAAAUUCCCAAGUUAUUAUUUUGUUCAUAAACAUCGAAAAAUGUGUCAUGCCAAUGAAGAGACUGAAUCCCUUGUAGGAAGUGAGGAGUCGCAUUCACAAUCACAGACAGCGACAUCAGUGUGAAAUCUGAUAAUGACUAAAUUAACUACUGUAACAUCCAAAACAUCUUAAUUCUGCUGUUCCAAACUACAUUCCCAUUCCAGCAAACUGCUGUGAUGUAAGUGCUACAGAGAACUUAUCCGUCAAUAAUUUUAAUUAAACUUUCACCAUAAACACAGAAUAUUACCUAGGCUACGAGUGACACAACUGCAACUAUUCACCAGAAUUAGUGACAAAAAUAUUAACUUAAAUAUGGUGAUGAUUACAAAUUUUUCAUUUCUAUUUGCUCAACAAUAUUGGUUUUGAGUACUGUAUAUGUAUUACUACAUGCCCAUGCUUUGUAAAACUGGUGAUAUGUGAAGCUGAUAUGGUCAACAUGAUCCCUUUAGCUCAACAAUAAAAACGAACCCGCAAUCAAUUUGUGAUAUAAAGUUACUUAUUACCGUAUAAAAAUCUCAGUUCACUCAGCAUGCUUCUCAAGCACUGAACUGUGAUUAUGUA